AUGAGGAGACUCCUCCCUGUGUGCAGCCUCAUGAGGAGACUCUUCCCUGUGUGCAGUCUCAUGAGGAGACUCCUCCCUGUAUGCAGUCUCAUGAGGAGACUCCUCCCUGUGUGCAGUCUCAUGAGGAGACUCCUCCCUGUAUGCAGCCUCAUGAGGAGACUCCUCCCUGUAUGCAGUCUCAUGGAGACUCCUCCCUGUAUGCAGCCUCAUGAGGAGACUCCUCCCUGUAUGCAGCCUCAUGAGGAGACUCCUCCCUGUGUGCAGUCUCAUGGGGAGCCUCCUCCCUGUGUGCAGUCUCAUGAGGAGACUCCUCCCUGUGUGCAGCCUCAUGAGGAGACUCCUCCCUGUAUGCAGCCUCAUGAGGAGACUCCUCCCUGUAUGCAGCCUCAUGAGGAGACUCCUCCCUGUGUGCAGUCUCAUGGGGAGCCUCCUCCCUGUAUGCAGUCUCAUGAGGAGACUCCUCCCUGUGUGCAGCCUCAUGGGGAGAUUCCUCCCUGUAUGCAGCCUCAUGAGGAGACUCCUCCCUGUAUGCAGCCUCAUGAGGAGACUCCUCCCUGUAUGCAGUCUCAUGGGGAGACUCCUCCCUGUAUGCAGUCUCAUGGAGACUCCUCCCUGUAUGCAGCCUCAUGA